AUGUUCGAGUUUCACAUGGCGUGGACAGCCCUCCGAAGCAUGGGCGAGGGGCAAAAGUCUGCAUGUAUCGAGUGGCCCUGGUGGUCUCAAUUGCCAUCAUUUUCAUGGUUACCGUCUCGCCGAGGCAACUUGGACUCAAAAGACAAAGAUCCAGAAAGCCAAAAUGUCACAAAUACGCAGAAUCAAGAUGGCUCAGACGAAUCAGAAAAGAGAAAAUGGACUUUGGCUCACUGCUAUUUUGCCAACAUGGGCGGUCUUACGUAUACCGCAGAAGGGAAACGACAUCUGAUUACUGCUCAACAGCUGGCCAAGAUGGAGGACCUCUCACACACAAACCCGGAGGUCGCAGAGGAAGAUAUCAAGGACAAAAGCAAGCAGGAUUGGUUGGCCAAGGUCUUUGCUGCUCUUCAGAUCUCGCAACUCAUCCUUUCCAUCGUUACGCGACAUAUCCAAGGGUUAGACUUUUCGCAGCUUGAAACAGUCACACUCUCAUUUGCCAUCUGCGGCGUGCUGAUCUACUGCACAUAUUUUUACAAGCCCCAAAACAUUGGACGGCCCAUUGAGUUCAAACAUGAUACGCGUGAAAACGCGGCUCGGUUCUCAACGCUACAGUCUGACAAGACUUUUGAUAGUUUUUGGGCAAUCAUGCUGAAUAAGAAAAUUGACGACAAGAAAACCGAUAGCUCAAAGUAUCAAAGGGCACCCAGAGUCCCGAAUGAUAAUAUACCCAUCAAUAAGGGCAACAAUGACGUCCAUCCAGUAGUAUAUCUACUGGCGCUGGCUUCUGGGCUUUUCGGUGCUAUCCAUGCCAUCGCUUGGACAUUUGAGUUUCCUACUGAGGAAGAGAAGUUGCUUUGGCAAAUAGCUACUUGCGUCUCCGCCGGGAGCCCUGUCAUUGGCCUACGUGCGAUUCCCUUCGCUCAGUUUACGAAGGCCGCAGGGGAUCCUGAGCUAUUUGCAAGAAAUUGCCUAAGGCUAAUGCAGGAAUAUUCUUGGCACACUCUCAACAUGCCCUGGGUCCGCGUUGUAAUCAAAGAUUUAGAAGACGCCAUUGUUAAGGACGCCGCUGCUAAGGAUAACUUUGCUAAAGAUGAACCAAGAAGAUAUUUGGACAUCUUCCGUGAAACCGGAGAUAAUACGCUUAAAGAUGCUGAAUAUUUCCUAACAUUGGAAGGCCGCUUUCGAGAUUUAGAUCCGAGACUAUUUGAACUGCACGGCGACAAAGUGUUUGUUCGAGACUUCCAAAGACUUAUCAAUUGUUGGAAUGGUAGGGAGACGAAGAAAAUCGAAGAUGCAGCUCGAGUUGGCGUGUGGCCAAGACAGUCACUGCUUCCUCGCGGAGUCAACCAAUGUAUUUUGUACUUUACCGGAUUUCUUUACUGCGCUUCUCGCCUCAUACUACUUGGGGUUUCGAUCUCUAGCAUUCGAAAGAUGCCUGGGUCUGUUUAUCUUGUUACAGAUUGGACAGAAUACUUGCCGACAUUUAGUGCGAUGGGUGGAUGA